AUGUUUCUCCGCGCUCUUCUCCUUGUUCUUACUGGCAUUGUGGUGGCGACACAUAGUCACACAGAGCGACGUGGAUUUAUUACAGGAAAUGACUUGCGGGACGAUCCCUGUAGGAACGUGACUUUCAUUUUUGCACGUGGCACAUUCCAACCCGGUUACCUUGGUCUUGUCGGCUCUCAAUUGUGCGAUGUCCUGAAGGUAGAGCACCCCGGUCAAGUUUCAUGUCAGGGUGUUGGUCCAGCCUAUGAUGCGGGUUUGGAUAAUCUCAAGGAGCCCGAGGAUACGACGGAUGUAGGAAUCAAUGAAGCAGUGAGCUUGUUUGAGCUGGCUACGCAGAAAUGCCCCAAAUCUAAGAUUUUUGCUGGUGGUUAUAGCCAAGGCGCUAAUCUUAUGCAUGGCGCCAUUCUCAAGCUUUCGAAAGAGGUCAAGGAUAAGAUUCGGGGUGUGGUUUUGUUCGGAUUUACCCGCCAGAAACAAUUCCAUGGACAGAUUGCCGGGUUUCCACAGGACAAGCUCAAGCUAUAUUGCUAUGAGGCAGACAAUAUCUGCCACGGUGGUGGACUGAUUGGAUUGGAGCAUCUUAGCUAUGCGCAGGAGGCUCAGAAUGCCAGCGACUGGCUUUGGUCUAGAGACUAG